AUGUGUAGUCACGUGGGACGCGUCAGCCAGGCUGUGGUCCAGCACCAUCUUCUGGCACCAUGCUCCGGCACCUUCCCCCGGCACCAUCCCCCAGCACCAUCCCUCCAGUACCAUCCCUCCAGUACCAUCCCCCAGUACCAUCCCUCCUGUACCAUCCCUCCAGUACCAUCCCCCAGUACCAUCCCCCAGUACCAUCCCUCCAGUACCAUCCCCCAGUACCAUCCCCCAGUACCAUCCCUCCAGUACCAUCCCUCCAGUACCAUCCCUCCAGUACCAUCCUCCAGUACCACCCCUCCAGUACCAUCCCUCCAGUACCAUCUUCCAGUACCAUCCCUCCAGUACCAUCCCUCCAGCACCAUACCCCAGUACCAUCCUCCAGUACCAUCCCUCCAGUACCAUCCUCCAGUACCAUCCCUCCAGUACCAUCCUCCAGUACCAUCCCUCCAGUACCAUCCUCCAGUACCAUCCCCGGUACCAUCCCCGGUACCAUCCCUCCAGUACCAUCCCUCCAGUACCAUCCCCGGUACCAUCCCCCAGUACCAUCCUCCAGUACCAUCCCCGGUACCAUCCUCCAGUACCAUCCUCCAGUACCAUCCCUCCAGUACCAUCCUCCAGUACCAUCCCCGGUACCAACCCCGGUACCAUCCUCCAGUACCAUCCUCCAGUACCAUCCCUCCAGUACCAUCCUCCAGUACCAUCCCCGGUACCAACCCCGGUACCAUCCUCCAGUAUCAACCCCGGUACCAUCCUCCAGUACCACCCCUCCAGUACCAUCCCUCCAGUACCAUCCCUCCAGUACCAUCCUCCAGUACCAUCCCCCCAGUACCAUCCUCCAGUACCAUCCCCCCAGUACCAUCCCCGGUACCAUCCUCCAGUACCACCCCUCCAGUACCAUCCCUCCAGUACCAUCCCUCCAGUACCAUCCCCCAGUACCAUCCCCCAGUACCAUCCCUCCAGUACCAUCCCUCCAGUACCAUCCCUCCAGUACCAUCCUCCAGUACCAUCCUCCAGUACCAUCCCUCCAGUACCAUCCCCCAGUACCAUCCCCGGUACCAUCCUCCAGUACCAUCCCCCAGUACCAACCCCGGUACCAUCCUCCAGUACCAUCCCUCCAGUACCAUCCCUCCAGUACCAUCCCCCAGUACCAUCCCCCCAGUACCAUCCCCCGGUACCAUCCUCCAGUACCAUCCCUCCAGUACCAUCCCCCAGUACCAUCCCCGGUACCAUCCUCCAGUACCAUCCCCCAGUACCAUCCCCCCAGUACCAUCCCCCGGUACCAUCCUCCAGUACCAUCCCCCCAGUACCAUCCUCCGGUACCAUCCUCCAGUACCAUACCCCAGUACCAUCCUCCAGUACCAUCCCUCCAGUACCAUCCUCCAGUACCAUCCCCCCAGUACCAUCCUCCAGUACCAUCCUCCAGUACCAUCCCUCCAGUACCAUCCCUCCAGUACCAGCCCCGGUACCAUCCUCCAGUACCAUCCCCGGUACCAUCCUCCAGUACCAUCCCCCAGUACCAUCCCCCCAGUACCAUCCUCCAGUACCAUCCCUCCAGUACCAUCCCUCCAGUACCAUACCCCAGUACCAUCCUCCAGUACCAUCCCUCCAGUACCAUCCUCCAGUACCAUCCCUCCAGUACCAUCUCCCAGUACCAUCCCCGGUACCAUCCCCGGUACCAUCCUCCAGUACCAUCCCUCCAGUACCAUCCCUCCAGUACCAUCCCCGGUACCAUCCUCCAGUACCAUACCCUGGUACCAUCCUCCGGUACCAUCCCCCGGUACCAUCCUCCAGUACCAUACCCUGGUACCAUCCUCCGGUACCAUCCUCCGGUACCAUCCUCCAGUACCAUCCCCGGUACCAUCCUCCAGUACCAUCCUCCAGUACCAUCCCUCCAGUACCAUCCCUCCAGUACCAUCCCUCCAGUACCAUCUCCCAGUACCAUACCCCAGUACCAUCCUCCAGUACCAUCCUCCAGUACCAUCCUCCGGUACCAUCCUCCAGUACCAUACCCCAGUACCAUCCUCCAGUACCAUCCUCCAGUACCAUCCCUCCAGUACCAUCCUCCAGUACCAUCCCUCUAGCACCAUCCCCGGUACCAUCCUCCAGUACCAUCCCUCCAGCACCAUCCCCGGUACCAUCCUCCAGUACCAUCCCUCUAGCACCAUCCUCCAGUACCAUCCCUCCAGUACCAUCCUCCAGUACCAUCCUCCAGUACCAUCCCCGGUACCAUCCUCCAGUACCAUACCCCGGUACCAUCCCUCCAGUACCAUACCCCAGUACCAUCCUCCAGUACCAUCCCCGGUACCAUCCUCCAGUACCAUCCCUCCAGUACCAUCCCUCCAGUACCAUACCCCAGUACCAUCCUCCAGUACCAUCCCUCCAGUACCAUCCUCCAGUACCAUCCCCGGUACCAUCCUCCAGUACCAUCCUCCAGUACCAUCCCCGGUACCAUCCUCCAGUACCAUCCCUCCAGUACCAUCCUCCAGUACCAUCCUCCAGUACCAUCCCCGCUCUCUGCUAGGGAUUGUCUACAUCUCCACACCCAGGAAACUGGACUGCAUCAGGUCCCUGUUCUGUCUCAAUAUGGCGGCCAUGUAG